AUGUUCAGGGACAACCAGCUCGUCAAGGCUUGGGAGUCCAUCCGCAAGACUAAUACUGCUCAGCAGGAUCAGAAGCAACAACAACAACCGCACCACACUCGUCGCCGCAGCGUCGACGCCGGCGGGUCCAUGUCGGUUCUCCCAAACGACGACCAGCUCGACGUGUCGUCCAGUGACACCGCCGCCCCGAGUAGUCCCGUGAAUAACGACGGAACGACUGCUGUCUACCACGCCGAGCGUCUUCUCUCCACCGGCGAUUUCUACACCGGCCAGUGGUGCGGCGGCGUGCCCCACGGCCAGGGCAAGUACCUCUGGACCGACGGGUGCAUGUACGAAGGCGAGUGGCAGCACGGCAAGACGAUGGGAAAGGGCAAGUUCUCGUGGCCCUCCGGCGCCACCUACGAAGGCGAGUUCAAGGGCGGGUUCAUGGACGGCUACGGCACCUACAUCGGCGCGCUCGGCGACACCUACCGCGGCACUUGGUCCAUGAACCUCAAGCACGGCCACGGCGUGAAGUCCUACGCCAGCGGCGACUACUACGACGGCGAGUGGCGAUGCGGCGUGCAAGAUGGACACGGGCGGUACGUGUGGAAGAACGGGAACGAGUACGUGGGGCGGUGGCGCGCCGGCAUCGUCGACGGCCGCGGCACGCUCGUGUGGGCCAAUGGGAAUCGGUACGACGGCGGAUGGGAAGACGGCGUUCCCAAAGGGAACGGCAACUUCAGGUGGGCCGACGGAGGACUUUACAUCGGGUACUGGAGCAAGGAGAACGGCAACCUCCAGCAGAAAGGUGUCUACCAUCCAUCUCCGACGGCUUCCUCUCCGACGGCCCGAGAUCCCUUUACCAUCUUCACGGCCGACUUCGGAGAUUGCAAGGUGUCCAACAUCGAGGACGUGUCUAUUCUGCCAUCCCAAAAGAGGCCGAAUUGGGCGGGCAUGGAAGCUGAUAAUUUGGAGCAAAAGAAAGCGGCCUGGCGUUCCUCUAAGGCAGAGGAUCUCCAGGCGAGGCGGCGGCGAGCGUCCUCCGAGACAGAGGCGUCCGCCGGGGUGACGCCGCGAGGUCACACCGGCCACCAUGCUAGCACCAUUAGUGAGAUUGGAAGAACGAGUGGAUUUUGGUCCGUGGAUGAUCUUGUUAACGGUUGUGACGGGGAGAAUAAAGAAGGAUCGACAAAUUCAGUUGAUGAGUUUCAGGCUAAGCAGGCCAAGAAGCAAGGUGAGACAAUAUCCAAAGGGCAUAAGAACUACGAACUGAUGCUCAAUCUCCAGCUCGGAAUCAGGCAUGCAGUAGGAAAGCUUCCUGAACCCAAGUCACUCGACCUCAAGGCCUCUUCGUUUGACCCUAAAGAAAAGAUAUGGACGAGGUUUCCACCAGAAGGAACCAAACACACACCUCCACACCCCUGUAGUGACUUCAGGUGGAAAGACUACUGCCCUCUAGUUUUCAGGACACUUCGUAAGCUGUUCCAGGUUGAUCCAGCUGAUUAUAUGCUAUCAAUAUGUGGAAAUGAUGCUCUGCGAGAACUUUCAUCUCCUGGGAAAAGUGGAAGCUUUUUUUACCUGACAAAUGAUGAUAAAUAUAUGAUCAAAACAAUGAAGAAAUCAGAAGGAAAAGUGCUUCUAAGGAUGCUUCCGGCAUACUACAAUCAUGUUCGAUCUUUCGAAAACACUCUGGUGACCAAGUUCUUCGGAUUGCAUUGUGUCAAGCUGACCGGAGCUACUCAAAGAAAGGUUCGAUUCGUCAUAAUGGGGAACCUCUUCCGCUCUCAUUACUCAAUCCAUAGACGCUUCGACCUCAAGGGAUCAUCUCAUGGUCGCACAACAGACAAGCCUGAAUCAGAGAUCGAUGAGAACACUACUCUCAAAGACCUUGAUCUGAAUUUUAUAUUUCGUCUACAAAAGUCUUGGUUCCAGGAAUUUCACAAGCAAGUCGAUCGAGACUGUGAGCUUUUAGAGCAAGAGAGAAUUAUGGAUUACAGUCUCUUGGUGGGAGUUCAUUUUAGAGAGGCAUCAGCCUCCCAAGAAACUGAGGUUUCUGAUGAGGUAUCUAACACCGGUAAUGAAGCUACUCGUCUUUCUAGAGCUGAUAUGGAUCAACUUCUCUGUGACCCAACAAGGUGGGCAUCGAUAAAAUUAGGCUCGAAUAUGCCGGCUAGAGUUGAAUCGAUAGUGAGAAAAAAUGAUCCGGAAUGUUUUGCGAAUUUGGAACCAACAGGAGAGUUUCAAGAUGUGAUUUUGUAUUUUGGCAUUAUAGAUAUUCUCCAAGACUACGACAUCAGCAAAAAGCUUGAACAUGCUUACAAAUCCUUUCAGUAUGAUCCAACCUCUAUAUCAGCUGUUGAUCCUAGACAAUACUCGAAGCGAUUUCGCGACUUCAUUUAUAAAGUGUUCACAGAAGAAGCCUAA